AAUAGUUAUCUCCCUUUGCUUGAAAAGCGGAAGUUGACCAUCUCUGCCAGAGAAAAUAUUUGCGAUUUUUUCUGGCCAAAUUAACCGUAUUUUAAGCCGUUACAUGCGUAAAUGGCAUGAUACAUGAGGGAGGAUGGGUUACGAGGUGCACAGAUUUGAGGGGGAUGUUGACGAAGAACUGAUAUGUCCUAUAUGUAGUGGUGUUCUUGAGGAGCCAUUACAGGCCCCAGCAUGUGAACAUGCCUUCUGUGCUUCCUGUAUUCAGGAGUGGUUGACAAGGCAACCAACCUGUCCGGUAGACCGCAACCCUAUCACACCAAACCAGCUGAAACCGGUUCCUAGAAUUCUACGUAAUCUUUUGUCUCGCCUCCACAUUACAUGUGAUAACAAAGAGUAUGGUUGUACAGUGGUUGUGAAACUAGACAUGUUACCAAAUCAUCUGAAUGAGUGUGAAUUUAAUCCUAAAAAACCAGUCCAUUGUGAGCUUGGUUGUGGACUGGUUGUGCCAAAGGAUGAACUCAAAGAACAUAACUGUGUGCGAGAGUUACGCAACCUUGUUAAUCAGCAGACGCAGAAAAUGGCAGAGAUGCAGACGGAAAUUGCCGAGCACAAACUUCAAAUAAAUGAACAAAAACGCGAACUGCAACUUUUAAAGGAAUACAUGAGAUCUAUGAGAGUUUCAAAUCCAAGAAUGAGAGAGAUACAAACAGAAAUGGAACAGUCUGAUAUUGUCAGAUGGACAAACAGUCUACAGACUGCCAGGGUAACACGCUGGGGUGGUAUGAUAUCUACGCCAGACGCAGUGCUUCAAGCCGUGAUAAAAAGAUCACUGAUAGAUAGCGGAUGUCCUUCCCAUAUCGUGAAUGAGUUGAUGGAGAACGCACACGAACGACGGUGGCCAGCAGGUCUAGCUACGUUAGAAACAAGACAGAUUAACAGACGACAAUAUGAGAAUUAUGUCACAAAAAGAAUACCGGGUAAACAAGCAGUGGUUGUAACAAGUAUAGAGAAUCAACAUAUGCCAGAAGAUCUGAUCAUGGAACCAGGGCUGGUGAUGAUCUUUGCUCAUGGAGUCGAAUGAUACACACUCCAAUUAUAGGACCAAAGCUCAUACAAUCCCAGCAAGCAUCAACAAUUAACAUUUCUUUUCAGCUUCAUGAAAGUUUUUAUAUGUACAGCAUAGAUCUAUAUUAAUAUACAUUACUUGUAAUAUAUUAUUUAUGCCAAACAAUCGUUUAUGUAUACACUGACUUGUUUUUCGCCAAAUGAACCAAUGCUGGUUUUUAGGCUCGCACAGAAUUGAUACUUUGAGGGACAUGAAAUAGGAUCUGACCUCAAAGUUUACAGAAUUGCUACUUAAAGCAUAAAAAAAUGCUAUAUUUUUCGUAAAAUCAAAAUUUCAACUUCACAACAUUUCUACUUUAACCCUUUAACUGCUUGGAACGAAAAGUGAUGAAUAUUUUACACCAUUAUAGAGCCCUAUACUGUUGGCUGACCAAUGUUCAAAUUUUGAUAUCCACGAAAAUUGAUAAUGGAAUGGUCCAAAAAAUGGAAGCUGGACCAGUCUAAGGUAAAGGUUUAGUAGAAAUUUAAUGUAUUGCUACUUUAGUAAAACUGGAUUUAUUCUCGCAACUACUUUAGUACCACUUUAAAGCAGAAUAUGUUGCCAAUUUGGCAUAUGUGUAUUAUUUUUUUCUCUAAAACUUUUAAAAGUUGUGACUUUAUACACAAUAUUGUUGCUGUUUUUGAAUAUGUUGAUCGUAAUACCAACUGUAGCAAAGUUUAUAAAGCAAAAAGUGUUGUUAACUUUUGUAAAGUCGAAUUAGAAUUAAAAAAUUUGCAGAAUUUCCACUUUAAGUAGAAAAGUAUUGCCACUAGUUGGAAUGGGUUUUUUUUAUUCAAGUCAAGUGUAUGUUUAACUUUUGGUAAAGGAUGUCUGAUUAAUAUUUCAAUACAAAGUUGUCCCGGAAACUUUCUCUGUAAAUUUGUAUAUUAAACUUCAUAUUUAAAUAGUAAAUGUAUAUCGUCACCUGAGUGCAAUAACUGGUUAACUCCUAUUAAAUAUAAAAGGAUUUAACCUGUUACUGCACUAAGGUGACGAUAUAUGAUAAAUUGAUUCUGAGAAAUUCUUGUUUCUUUAUAAAUAACAACAUAGAACACAUUUUUUUAAUUGUUUUACCUUUUCCCCAAUUUUUAAA